GGGCUGGCCGGGGGAGCGGACCCCAGGGCAGAGAGGAGGCGGCGGCGGAGGAGGAGGAGGAGGAGGAUGAAGCCGCUGCUUGUGCUGUGCUGGGGCCUCCUGGCCUUGGCGGGCGUGAGCCCCUCGCCCCUGCCAAGCAGGGCUCUGGAGAUGGUGCUGGAUGACUUCCAUAACAAGAGCCACGUGAAGUUCGUCUUUAAGAAGCAAACCAUGACGGAGAGCAUGGAAGAGCUCCCAAUGGGGACCUUUGUCCACCUGGAAGUGGAUCUCCUUCAGACGGUCUGCUGGAAAAGGCAGCGGGGGAUGCAAAACUGCGGGGUCAAAGCAGGCGGGAGGAGGCAGAAGUGUCUGGCUUGCUUCAAAUUUGACUCCAGUGGAAACGUGUUGGACCAGUCGGUGCGGUGCCUGUCUGAGCAGGUCCCCAUCUUCCAGGAGGUGAAGAGGCGGCAGGCGCAGGAGUGCGAGCAAGUCAAGCAGGCGGGCGAGGAACACUACCGGCCGGGCCUGUUUGCCUUUUCCAAAGGGCUCCCAGUCUCGCCGGAGUGAGGGGCUGCUCCCAGAAGGCGGCUGCAUUUGCUGGCUCUCGGUGACUACCAACCAAAGCAGCCAGCAGCCCAGCAGGGCAGCCCGGACCUGGUGGGCUCAGCAGCAGGACGACCGAACCAUCGGCCCCGGAAGAGUCUGCAGUUUCUUCUGGCCAGCCUUUGAUCUCUAUUGACUCCCGCAAUAAAGAUGCCAGCGGAGGCCCCUAUU